AGAGACCACCGGGCAGACAGAGCCUCUUUCUCUACCUAAUUAUUGCUUCUUGUCUUCUGACUUUCAAGGCUCAGCGUCACUAGAAAACGACCCUUAAAAUCCCCAAACAGCGUGACGAAAGUUGUUGUCGAAUCAUAACUGCUACAUCCCAAAAGUGACAACCUAUUCUCAAAGCGCCAGCGUUAAGUUCACAUUCCAAUGACAGAUUUUGCCUGAACGUUAGAGCGUGAGAUGGGUCUCCACCCCCACCAUGGAGUAUAGUCCGCAAGGGAGACUUUGGAGUGAAAUCUACGGCCCCGUUGACCCCAAUAAGCUCGAGGCGGACGACGGAGACCUCCAGGAGGAGCACCGGAAGGACUCUGCCCAAGAGAAGAAACCCAAAGGAUCCCGGAUGGGAGGAGACGCGUCGCCCUUCGCCAUGGACAACCGCGACCCGAACAACCUCAAUCCGCACAUCCAGGUGCUAUGGGACGAUAUAGUGGGCGAGCCCGAGGGGCUGCGGACGCCGGACGGGUGCUGGAACUGCUCCAUGAAGUGUUAUGACGGAACAAGGCGCUGUUGUUACGUGUUGCUGGUGGUCCUCUUCGCCCCCUUCAUCGCAUGCUGUAACGGCUGCCAGUUCGCCUGCUUGGCGUUCAACCAAGUCUGGUGCGUGGGCCCCUGUCUGAGGCUGUGGAAGAUCAACCUGGCCACCGUGAAGAGGUUCUGGGAGGCCUGGCUCUUGGCCGUGUGCAGCCCGAUCUGCGACGUGUGUGGCAUCUGCUUCUCCAAGGCCAAGGUCCGCUACCAAAAGCUGCCGGACUCGAACGACACCGAGCCCGUCGACUACUUCACCGUCUGAGGAAGUUCGUCGAUCGCUGCCCAGGCUGACCAGCAGACCAAAGACUUUCCUUCGAACAAAACCUUCUACUGAUUGUUAUGAAUUAUAUAUAUUUACAUGUUUAAUUCUCUUUAGUUUCAUCUAAACUCAGUAAAAUCCAGACAUAUAUUGCGUUUAAUACUUUAAUGAUAAACAAAGAAAUAAUCUUCAUGAUCAUUUUUUAUUUGUCAGUCUUUUCUUUGCCUUUAUUUUUCAAGGAAGGUCACUUCACUUCUGUCCUUCAAAGGUAAUUCUUUUCAUAUCACAGGUAGAAAGCAUACCUCUAUUUUUAUGAAGAAUAUAUAGUCUUAAAUCUUAGUUAGGAUAGACUAGUUUUGAUAAGCUAAGCGUGAGUGCACGACACGGUCUUUUAGUACAGAUGCCAUCUCUUUCCCUUGCAACAUGAGGGAAACUUGUUCGCAGCGGAUGGUGUUUCCAGUGGCGUAAAUUGCAUGUUCUAACUUUUCAAUCGGGUUUAAUAACAAGCACUAAAUAUUAAUUAUAUACGAAUUUCAGCCAAAUAUAUCUUUGAUGUUACAAAAUUAUGUCUGAGUUAAUGUUAGAUUUCAGAAAGAAAAAGGUCUUCGGGUUACCUGCUGGCUCUGUAAUAUGAUUAGUGUUUCUCUGCGAAUUUCACAGAUAAAUUGUUUCACACCUGAUAUACUGGUGGCAUCUUUUGUCACAUCUUCUGUUGUAAUGACAACAAGAAAGCAAAGUAUUACUUCAAGGAGAGCUAUUUUGGGGGUCGAAGAAAACCAUUAUGAGUACCAAAUGCAUUUGCAAUAUGCUCAACGAAAAAGCCCUAAACAAAGAACAGACUAGUAAUCGAUGCAUGAAGGGUUACCAAAUUACGUUUUAAGACCCUAAACCAUUAAAGAGAAAUCUGUAAUUCCGUUAAGCAAUGUUGAAGCAGAUCCUGCAUUCAUGAGCUUACAAGGUGAAGCCCAGGAAGCUGAGAGGCUUCGGCUUCCUUCGCCUGCCUUCGCUGUGCGUGACCUUUCCCUUUACUGUGAUAAAGUAGCGCGAACGCCGGGGCCAGAGAGUGCUAAGAGGCGCACGGAGUGGUCGAAUAUCUUACAUUAGAUUUAUAUAUGUGCAAGUUAAUAGCAAGGAAAAUAUUAAGCUAGCAUGUUUAUGACAUGCCAUGAACCUUUAUGUCUGAGUGUUUUGUUCUGAGUGCGUACUCCCUCUACAAUCGAGACAUCGGCCAGAGACAAUAGAACGAACCCAAGGCAGCAGUCUAUAAUGCUUGUACAGAUAGUUCCUUCUCAUUCUGGCCAAUAAUCGUGUAUGUAGUGUAACCUCAAAAACAUUAGCUCCAAUUACAAGCGAAAUCACUACGUGGCAAUGGGAUCCAAAAAUAUGUACUGAAUUUCAAAUAUUCACACUUGGAAGGUGGUGGCGUAACUAGGGUGAAACGUAAGUGCCCUGGUGUCAAAUCAAGAUCGCCUUCUUUAUUGUUAGAAAAGUGAGUCAUUUCCCAAGUAUUCACUUCCUCGAUAUCGUCUUCUUUCUUAAAGCAAAGAUGUGUCUCUUUGGAAUGAGUUUGUACCAUGCCUUCAGGCAUCCAGCGUUCAAGACCUCCAUAGAAUCCACUGGCCUGCGUGCCUUCUGCCCCAGAUACGCCUCUGCCUAUGGGCAUGGCAGGGUAUAUUCCCAUGUCCUUAUUUUCUAAAAAUGCAUGCAUCUACAUGUAUCCGAUCUAAAUUUGAUCUGCUGUUUGGCCAUUUUUUCUAAAUUCCAGGGAUUCAUUUUGACUAAUUACAGACAAAUUUGUAUGUACAGUUAUAACUUUAUUUUACAGCAAACAUUGGGAUAUAACGAGGAUAUUAUCAUAAACAUAUAUUGUAUUAUCAGCAUAUUAAAUGAACACUAUUCGUGUUUGCAAGUCUACAGAUGGUGCAAGGUGUGGAUAACAAUCCGUUUUCAUGCUACAUUUGUAUUGUAUUUUCUAAACAAUAUUUCCCUGUACAUUUUAACAAUGCAUUUACAAAAGCCAAAUACAUAUUUACAUAAGACGGAAAAUAUUUUUGGUACAAAAUGCUCUUCAGGCGUUGUCUCUGGACUAUGUGUUGGCUGCCGGGGAUCCGUGUUUCACAGUGUUUGCAUUUUGAACACAUUUGCAUAAUAAACUGUAUACCUUA